AUGGCCGGAGCAAUGGAAAAGAUCAAGGCUAAGGUCGAGAACGUCCUUCACAAGGACAAGGAUACCACCCACGACACCACACACACUGGUACUACAGGUACUCACACAGGAACCACUGGCACACACACUGGCACCAAUCUGCCCGGCUCCACACACAACGAUCCCACUGGUCCUCACAGCUCGCACACUGCCAAUGCUGCUGACCCUCGUGUUGACUCUGACCGCUUCGGCACAGCUGGCAACACCGCCGGUGCUGGCGGUCACGGUACAGGCCAGUAUGGUACCACAGAUACACAUGGCACCACUGGCUCCGGCCUCACUGGUACACACGGAACCACAGGCAGUGGUUUGACCGGCUCGCACGACACUUACGGCUCCAACACCCACGGUACCACUGGCUCCGGCUUGACUGGCUCGCACGGCACUACAGGCCACAGCACAACCCACAGCAGCGACCCCACGGGUCCUCACGACUCCAAGCUUGCCAACAAGCUUGACCCCCGCGUUGACUCUGACCGUGUUGGUCCGGCUGGCAACUCUUCGAGCGUUGGCGGCUAUGGUAACGAGCAGCACACUUCCGGUCAGCAGACCUACCAGACUGAUGGCAAGAAGUUGCCUGAGGCUCUCCUUGAAGAUCAAUCAAGGGCUGACCACCACUCAGGUGCCGGUCUGUCUCAUAGCAGCCACGCCAACACUGGCGGUCUCACCGGCUCCAACACCCAUAGCUCGCACACCCACGGCAGCGACCCCACGGGUCCUCACGACUCUCACCUUGGCAACAAGGCUGACCCUCGUGUUGACUCCGACCGCUACGGUGUUGCUGGCAACACUGCUGGAGCUGGUGGCUACGGCGCUGGUCAGUAUGGUACCACAGGUACGCACGGCAGCACUGGCUCCGGCUUGACUGGCAGCCACGGUACUCACACCGGCUCUGGUCUGACUGGUGGUGCUCCUCACACUGGUAGCCACACUGGGUCUCACAUCGGCUCUGACCCUACGGGCCCUCACAACACCCACCUUGCCAACCAGGCCGACCCCCGCGUCGACUCUGACCGCUACGGUGCCGCCGGCAACACCACCGGUGCUGGUGGCUAUGGCAGCACAGGUUCUGGUCUGACGGGCCACAACACCACCAGUUCUGGUCUCACUGGCAGCCACGGAACUCACACCGGCGCCGGCGGCUACGGCAGUACUGGCUCUGGCCUGACUGGCAACCAGGGCUACUCUGACCCUUCUGGUCCCCACGACUCGCACCUUGGUAACAAGGCCGACCCCCGUGUUGACUCUGACCGCUACGGAGGACAGGGCAACACCUACGGUACCACUCAGGGCUCUGGCUUGACCGGCACCAACCACCCCGGUCAAGUUGGUAACUCAAACGCCAACCAGACCGCUGGACCUCACGGAUCCAACGUCCUGAACAAGCUCGACCCCCGCGUCGACUCUGACCUCGACGGAUCCAAGAAGGUUGGUGGUGACCGCACCUACGGUUAA